AUGCAACUCAGAAAGAAGAGAGGGGUAUUUUGGCUCCCAGUGAACGUGGUGAAAGAAAGUGAAAGGGUUGAAGACCCAGACGUGUUAGCAGCUACGAGGGCUGCUAAGAAGACGGUGCCAGCAAAGGCGCUGGCAGGUGAAGGCGAGGAGCCUGGUGAAGCGGGUGACUCCGCUCAGCCGGGCCAAAGCUCAAGUGCGGGCGGCCCCGCCGAUGCGGGGAGUUCCGCUGCGAACCCUGGUGCGGGUAACUCCGCCGGUGCAGGGAGUUCUACUGACGGCCCUGGCGCGGGUGGCCCCGCCCAGAGGCUUCCGGAGAUUGGCGACGUGCCAAUGGAAGUGUCUGAGGCCACGCGGCGGCCGAAGACAAAGAAGAUCCCGGACACGGUUAGCAAAGCCGAGUUUGACGAGCAUAUGCUUACGCAUCUGCCCAUGCGAAGCUGGUGCGAUCACUGCAUGCACGGCAAGGUGCGUGAGGAUGCGCACUCAGCUCGGGAGCCCGGUCGCGCGUCGGAGGUGGCGCGCAUCUCCCUGGACUACUGUUUUCUGGGACGGGCCUUGAAGGGCCCAGUGAACUCCGUGGAGGAGGUCAAGGUGCCUCAGGAUGAGAAGGAUGGUCUCCUUCCCAUUCUGGUGAUCGUGGACGAAAAGUCCGGUUGUGUUUUCUCUGGUGUGGUGGCUAAGGGCGUUAACCCGUAUGCCACUGGAUUGGUGACUGAAGCGCUCAAGUUCUGCGGGCGCCAAAAGGUCAUCAUGAUGAGCGAUGCUGAGCAUAGCAUCCGGGCACUUGCUGAAAGUUCUCACGCAUCUAACGGCGCGGCCGAGCGAGCCAUUUUGGAGCUGGCGCGUCAGGUGCGAACUCUUGCGAGCGCGCUGGAGAAUCGCUACAAGAAGCCCCUGGAGACUGAGGGGGUUGUCUUUCCGUGGUUGGUGCGGCACGCAGGGUGGCUCAUCUCCCGUUUCUUGGUGAAGCAGGACGGGAGAACACCUUACGAAAGGCUUCGAGGCCGGGAAUUCCGCGGCGAAGUUGCUGAGUGCUGCGAGGUCGUGCACUACAAGCUUGACAAAGAGAAGACUGGCAAGCUGGACAAGCAAACGUCAGUUGGAGUUUGGCUAGGCAAGUCUCUUGCCUCCGACGAGCACUUCCUGGGCACUGCUCAGGGGAUCCGUCGGUGCAGAAGCAUCUGGCGAAGGCCAGAAGAGAAGAGGUGGGAGCUGAAACACCUCGAGGGGAUGGUUGGGCUUCCCUGGCAACCGCGCGGAGAGCCAACCACCGUGCCUUCAGACAACAAGGCCCCAGCGACUCCAGGUCGCAGGCAGCCCUCGGUGUAUAUCACCUUGGAGCGUCAGAUCAAGCACGGCAAGACACCCGGAUGUCCUGGCUGUGAGUGUGACGAUGACAACCCAAAGCGACACAACGACGAGUGCCGUAAGAGGUUCGAGAAGUUGUACCCGAGGCAACCGGUGCCAGGCACGCCUGGUACACCAGUCCCUGGGACACCUGCGGGACCCAUGGAGACUGAACGAGGUCAGGCCGAGAUGCCCCAGGGCACCGGCCAAGACUUGGAGUCGGGAAGCACCGAGCCGAGUCAGCCUUCAAGGCCAAGGGCCAUGGAGGGGACUUCUGAGGCUAAGUCAGGCCAGAAGCGAGAGGUUGAGGAUGCGGGUGUCCCCGCUCCUUCAAGUGACAGCGGGCAGCGCCGCGUUACUGGAAAGAGCUCACAAGGAGCGAAGAAGCAGAAGACGCCAGAAGCAAGAGGUGAAAAGCGUCCUCUUGAGGACCAGGAGUUGAUGGGGGGACUGCCCACGCUCCACGAGAAAGGCGAGUGGGAGCCUUUGUUUGCUUACCCUCUGGACGGCAGAGUGGAGGAGCUUGGUGCCUACGACGAGCGAACAGGCCAGCCCCUUCCCGUUGACAAGGUCAAGACUGCAAGAGGGCGCGAGCUGGACAAGAUGGAGGAACACUCUGUCAAGAAGGACAUCUCUUGGGAGGAGGCGCGACGGCAGGGGCUAAAGAUAGUCCGAAGCCGGUGGGUGGAUGGUUGGAAACCAUUGCCCAAUGAUCCAAAUGGGGUGCGCAGCCGCUGCGUAGCCCAAGAGAUCAACGACCACGAGCGCGACGACGUUUUCAGUGGAACACCGCCGUUGCGGACGCACCGCAUGGUACUUUCAGCUGCAGCCACUGCAAAGGCUGGCAGGACCAACCGGCGCAAGCUUAUUGCCCGGUAUGAUGUUUCUGUUGCCUUUUUUCAUGCGGUGGCCACGGGCAAAAUUGCGGUCGUCCCUCCGAAAGAUCUCGAUCAAUCGAAGCUCUGGUACUUGCUCAAAGCCAUGAAUGGCACACGUGAGGCUUCGCGACAGUGGUCAAAGCGCGUGUGUGAGGUCAUGACGGAGGCAGGUUUCUGGGAGGUUCCAGGAAUCCCUGGCCUCUUCUACCACGACGAGUGGUGUGUGACCUUGAGCUGCCACGGCGACGACUUUAUCGCCGAGGGCGAGAGCGACGAUCUGGAUCGACUGGAUGCGCUGAUGAUGCAAUCCUUCGAGAGCAAGAUAUUGCCACGGAUUGGCCCUGAGGAGUUCGGGGGCCAGACCACGCAUGGUGAUCAUCUACACCGCAUCAUUCGAUGGAGCGAGCGCGGGUUCACUUGGGAAGCUGACCCUAAGUACUCGCGGCAGAUCGUUGAGGAGCUCGGGCUUACGGACGCUAAGGGCGCAGACGCCCCAUGUUCUACGGAAUGUGGGAAAGGCCGCAGGGAUCUCGAAGAUCCUUUGGACACUGAGGCUGCAGCGAAGUUUCGGAGACUCGCUGGUACUGCGCUUUACCUAUCCCAGGAUCGCCCGACGAUCCAGUAUGCCUUGUCGGAGAUCACCUCUGGCAUGGCAAAGCCUACGGUUGAACACGAGCUCAAGCUCAAGCACCUAGGCCGUUACCUUCUGAAGUACCCGAAGGAAGUUUGGCACUACGAGUACCAGGAGCAGCCUGAGGAAGCUGUGGUGCUUACGGACUCGGACUGGGGAGCGUGCAAGCGCACGCGCAAGUCUAUGUCCAGCUACGCUGAGAGAUUUGGGAAGCAUCUCAUCGAUGCUUCGUGUGCCAAGCAAUCGGUGAUAGCGCUCAGCUCUGGAGAGGCUGAGUUUUACGCGUUGGUGCGAGGAGCUGCCGCCGGACUGCUGACAGCGCAGAUCUGGGAACGGAUUGGGUUUAAGGGUUUGAAGCUUACCCUGAGAACCGAUUCGAGCGCAGCGAAGGGAAUCGCGACACGCAAGGGCUCGGGCAAGGUGAAGCACUUGUCCAUGAAGGAGCUUUGGAUACAGGACUGUGUUCAGAGAAAGCAGCUUACGGUGCAGAAGGAACCUACGAAGAGUAACUGGGCCGACUUGGGCACGAAAGCUCUUUCAGGCUCAAGAGUGACAGAGCUAGUCAAGGGCAUGCCUCUCACAAGGGGCUUGGUCAUGGCGUGCCUGUUCGCGUCCUUUGGCGUGGCUACGGGGCAGCCGAAGGAGCGCCAGCUCGAGACUGAAGACGUUUCCUUCUUCAUCUACAUGCUGAUCAUCCAUAUCUUGGCGAUCCAGACCAUUUGGCGAUGGAUCAAGUUUGCGUUUGUGUGGUGGACCACGCCACGUGUUUCAACGAAGCCGGCCCCUACAGCUGGAGGCCGCGUGGACCGACGAGGUCUAGAGGCGAAUGCGGGUAGCCCCGUCUACGUCACCCGUAAGGGCAAGAAGUUUCAUAGGAGACACUGUAGACACCUGGGCCAAAACCCGUACACGUUGCAGAGGGCUGAGGCUACGCAAAGAGGCUUUGGUCCUUGUACAGACUGCAACCCGUGA